AUGGAGGAACCAUUCAUUAAUAAACUCCCCAAUGAAUUGCUCACUUGGAUAUUCGAGAUCACACCUCUCGAUGCCGAUCGUAGCCGACCGGGCUACACGGCCUGGCACCGAAGAUUGGAAUAUUAUCCAUGGCUACGAUUCAUGUUAGUCUGUCGGCGAUGGCGAAUCAUUGGUGAGAGACUUCUCUAUCGCAACCUGUCGCUUAAUAUUCUUGAUGAACCGUCGGAACAGAUGGUCUUCGUGACAGAAAGGCCUCACAUCUGCAGAUUCGUCAGGGAUCUUCAUCUUACUGUUUCGUUAAACAACCCCGUGGAGAAGGCAACGCUAGACCUGCUGCGAAAAUUCAACUCCGUACGCAAAUUGAACUUGAGCGGUCGUCCUUAUAGGAUAGGCCGACCCAUUCUUGAGUUCAUUCGAACAAUGCGCCUGGCUGAGAUGUCGCUGAGCGACCUGCCGUCCUUGAAUAUGAUAUUUGAAUUCUUCGAUAUGCUCACAUUGACACACUUGUCGGUUUCGUCGCUGGACUGGAGCAAACCAUUCAGGCCCCGGACUUCCGACACUGAGGAACAGGGACCAGAAUUGGGGGACGAGAGUGUUCCCAACUCUUCAACUACCUCAAGCCCGCCACCCACCAUCCUCCCCGGGAAUGCUGAUGAUGCGGUGUUGACCUCGGCCUUGGAUGAGCUUCUUCCGAUCAGCCGACAGAAGACAUCCGAAAUCAAAUCUAUCCAUUUUUCACGUCCCUUGGCUGGUGUCACCGUGGCACGGCAAUUGUUCCUAUGGCCUGCCGGCCUAGAAGAGGUGAAAAUUAGCCUAUUAACCGCGUCAAAUGCAUAUGAAGAGUACACAGGCAAGGGCGUGCAGCGUCUGCUCUUACCUCAAUGCCAUGCUCUCAAAAAGAUAGAUAUCGGCGUCAUGACCCAAGGAAGCGACGGAAUUCCGAACUUGCAAGGUUUCUCCGCCCUCGAGGAAUUGACUAUCUCUGCAUACAACUUGUUUCAUGAUUCUCCUGAGGGAGCACAUGAAAAGCUUUCUAUGCCUUCGCUAAAGCGUUUAGUGGUCAGCUUCUCCACGGAAGAACUCUGGUCUGAGUCGUUGAAUGAUUUUGGGGAGAAUGAGUUGCUCUGGAUGGAGGAAUUCAUUGAGCUGGUGAGAACCGCGCCGGAAACGUCUGAAUUGAGGAAUAUCUAUGUUCGCUUCAGACCUCAGCCGACAUAUCCCCCACGUGACGACGUUGAUGAAUGGCCGUGGGAUAUGUUUGAGGAGUUGGCAGAGCUCUGUGAGGAAUAUGGUAUAACCCUUGGAUAUGAUCCGGCAGAAUUCUCUAAACGGCAAUUUUGCGAGAGAUACCAAUCACCCUCGGAUAGUGAAUGA